AUGGCUGCUCCUGCGAGUUCGAUCGUCAAAAGCGCACAGAACGCCAGUGAAAUCGGUUGGGCAUUUGUCCCACAAUAUUAUACCUUUGUCAACAAGGAUCCCUCUCGUUUACAUUGCUUCUACACCAAACGAUCGACUCUGAUACACAGCACCGAGGGGGAAGAAGCUACCCCAUGUUUUGGCCAACAGGAAAUCCACGAAAAGUUCAUGUCCCUGGAAUUCGACGACUGCAAGGUCUUCGUCUCCAAUGUCGACUCGCAGUCAUCGGCUGAUGGUGGGAUCAUCGUCCAGGUCCUGGGCGAGAUGUCAAACCAAGCUGGACCCUGGCGCAAGUUUGCUCAGACCUUCUUCUUGGCCGAACAGCCUAACGGCUUCUUUGUCCUCAACGACAUCUUUCGUUAUAUGAAAGAAGAAGAUGACGAUGCAGAGGACGAGCCCGAGGCUGAACCAGUCACUGUCACUGAAGAUAUUGCCCGCUCUGAGACCAGCAUGAAUGCCGUCGGUGGUGCUGACCCCGCUCAUUCAUCCACAAAUACCGCUGCCGUCGACCCUUCCAGCAAGCCGGUUGAUUCCUCAGCAGCGGCCCCACCGCCUCCUGCACAGUCGUCGGUCCGUGCGCCCGAGCAAAAAGUCGUCUCUGAGCCGGCUCCCUCCCAACCCGCCGCUCCGUCUCAGGUGAACGGCUUCCAUCCAGAGCCCCGCGAAGCUAAACCUCCUGAGCCGAGCACCGAAUCGACUAAGGCUGCCCCCAAGCCCGCCCAGACCGAUGCUCCUGCUGCUGCUGCUGCCCCAUCGACAGAUGCCGCUGUCAACACCCCCGCGCCAGCAGCCACCGCAUCGGUUGCUUCGUCCGUUGCCACCCCUGCCGAACCACCCAAAGCUAAGACCGAGGCCCCCGCUCCCGCCGGACCUUCUACCUCAACCGCUUCGAACAACGCCAACGGACGGCCGGCAGCUCCUCAACCCAAGCCGGCAGCUACCCCAGCGGUAGCUCCCCCAAAGCAAGCUGAGCCUCCUCAACCCGCUGCCCCAAAGACGUGGGCUAGCCUCGCUGCUAGCGGCAAGAGUGCAUGGGGUCAAGGUCAUCUUUCUGCAUCACAGGGAGUAUCUUCCGCACCGAGCGCGGCCGCUCAAGCUGCCACGGAACCUACACCGGCUCAAUCUCAGAACCGACAGCCUGCUGGCGGUCCUCAGCACUCAAACCCAGACCGCCAUCCUCCCGUAGCUUCGAUUACCACCGGCUCUUGUUUCAUCAAGAGCGUGAACGAGAACAUCGACGAGAAGACACUGAGGGAACAGCUGCUCAAGAGAUUCGGCCCGAUCAAGGAGCUGGAUAUUGUGCGCAACAAGGCCUGUGGAUUCCUUGAGUUCGAGCGGAUCGAUUCGGCCAAGAAGGCGAUCCAGAUGUCGAUGCCAUUUAACAUGGGCGGCAAGGGCGGGAUCCCGAUCGUGCUUCCCAGUGGCGAAGAGUACGUGAUCAACGUCGAGAGCAAGCGACAGCCAGGCGAGCGGGGCCGCCCGGUGGACGCUGGCCCCAAGCGCGGCUUCAGCGAGCGUGGCGGACGCCCGGGCUCCAGCAACUUCGGACCGACUGGCAACCGCGGCGGACGGGGUGGAAUGGAUGGCGGCGCUCGAGGAUCUGGUCGAGGAGGCAGUAACACACCCCGGGGAGGCGGUGCAGGCAGGAACCUAACAAACUCGAAAUAG